AUGGCCGGCCACAUUUCUACAGCCGAGAAAGAACUCGUUCAAAAGAAAUGUAAGUUUUUCUGUACUGAUCUCUUUAAGGAGAAUUUUGGGAUAUUUGAAGUCAUGUUCUUCUUAUUUUAGACCUGCAUGCCAUUGUGCUAAUUUUAAGUUGCACUUCAAGAUAUAAAUCUUCAGUUUUGCUUUAAAAAUAUAUAUUUUCGCGUUCUUUUGACAGGGAGUAAGUCCAGGUAUUUUGUUUGGACGGAAGACCAUGAUGUCUUGAUGCUUCUCAAAGCUGUAACGAGCGAACCUUACAAUUUUAAACCGAAAAGCACCGAGAGAGCGAAAGUAUAGGAAAGCAUCGCAGCCUAUUUGAAUUCUCUGAAGACUCCAGAAUUCAGGGUUACAGCAAGGGCAGUGAGAGAUAGGUAUGCACUCCUGAUCUCCCGGCACAAACUAAAGCAAAGAGAAGAAGAGAAAGCCUCUGGGAUCGAUGUCCCCGAGCUCACAGAGCUUGAUGCCUUGCUGGAGGAAAUUCGAGAGCGAGAGAAAAGCGCAGAAGAAAAGAGUGACGCCCUGAGAAACGAGAGGAAGGCAAAAGAUGAGAAAGAAAAAGCUAAAGCAGAGGAAAUCAGACAGGCGGCUCUUCAGACAAUUGCAAUUAGAAAGAGCGAUGAUAGUGGCGAGAAACCAAAAAAAGCUAAAUUGAGGAGGAGCACCUCUGAUGCAAUCGGAUUUUUGGCCGAGAAGUCAGAGAAAGAGAGAGAAUUGAAAAAGGAAGAGUUAGCCACCAGAAAAAGAGAGCUUGAUCUAGCAGAAACCAAACAAGAGGAGGCUGCGCAGCAGCAACAGACCAUGUUC